UCAUUUCUUCUCUGCAUGUCUCAAUCAUCAGGUUCAUCUAUCCCGAGUUCCUUCCAGACAGAGACUUCAGUCUGAGAAAUUCUAUUAGGGAGAAACUGGAGAGGAAAGACAUGCUCAACCGGCGAUCAGUCAUUGAGAUCCCGGAAUUCUACGUAGGCUCCAUAAUGGCAGUGACAGUCUCGGACAACAAUGCCCCUGGCAAGCAGAACCGCUUUGUGGGAAUCUGCAUCAUGCGUCACGGUAUUGGCUUGCGGCACCAAUUUACGCUGCGAAAUGUUAUCGACAACCAAGGUGUGGAGAUCAUGUACGACAUGUACUGCCCUCUCCUGCUGAAAAUUGAAGUUUUACGACUGGAGAAACGCUUGGAUGAGCACCUGCGCUACCUGCGAGAUGCCCCACAUGAAUACAGUACAUUUCCCUUUGACAUGGAACCUCAGACGCACAGUGAAGGAGCAGCUGUGCCAAUAAACACUCUGAAGGUGAAGCUGAAGCCACGACCAUGGCUGGAGCGCUGGGAGAGGCAGAACCUGAAAGGCGUACAGGAUCUGGGCCUGCCGCAGAGAUUCUAUGACAAAGCAGCUGCCGUGGCAACGCCGUGGGAGCGCUACGACCUGAUGAAGCAGUACCGCGAGGUCAUCACCGAGGAAGACCAGCUGCCCAUAUGGGAGCAGGUGGAACAUCACCGGGCAACUGUUGAGGAUGUACAGAAACGCGAGCGGCGGCGCAAGAUGCUCCAGAAGACCAAGACUUGAUCAACGCAAAGAAGAGACAUUACUGGUUGCCGUUAAUGCAACAGUCACCUGUGUCAUCUUUCAUUACAUAGAUUAGGGCAUGUGACAUUCUCUACAAGCUUAUCUGGAUGCUGGCUUUGAAAGAUGUUACCGCAUUCAGCUGCUGGCCAUGCAGGAGGUCAGAAUAUUUGCAAGUCCCAUCAUGUGCUAGUGCUCCCUGCUGUUUUUUUUUUUUCUUGUACUCGUAAAUUGCUGGCUAAGUUUGGACCUAUGCAGCAAUCAGUCAUACUAAUGUAUCUUGGUCUGUACAUUGGCAUGCCUUUCUCAGUGUUCUACGCUGUGUGCUGUAGCGAGGACAUGUGCACAAGUGGUCGGGAUGCUGUGUAUUGCAGUAAGUGCAGUGCCUUUGUGUAGUGUUCAUUAAAUAAAUGAAAGUGAGAGAGGUUGA